AUGGCCUCUCAUGUUAUACCUGAUAUCGCAUCGAAGGGGUUUAACGAUGCGCAGUCUUACGACACGCAUCGGCCCUCUUACCCUCCUGCUGCCGUCACCAGUCUCUUGGAACGCCUUGGUCUCGAAGGCCAGUCUGGUUGCCGUAUUCUAGACCUGGCGGCCGGCACAGGAAAGUUCACAGAGCUUCUAGCUGCUAGACCAGAGGAGUACGAGAUCAUUGCUGUAGAGCCGUUGGAUUCGAUGAGAAACAAUCUCGCAGCCAAGCAGCUCCCCAAAGUGGACGUUCGACCAGGGUCAGCCGCUGAUAUGAAGCAUGUGGGAGAUGGAUGGGCGGAUGCUUGUACAAUUGCACAGGCAUUUCACUGGUUCGCCAAGGAAGAGUCCCUUGAAGAGAUCCAUCGGGUUCUGAAGCCCGGUGCCAAGCUCGGAAUGAUUUGGAACGUCGAAGACUACAACCGCCCCGAAACUUGGCCUGCAUCGACAGACUGGGAGCAGGAGCUUAGUGAGCUGAACUUCAACGAAAAGGCAGACACUGAGUCUCGUUUCCGCCACUUACUGUGGAAACAGGUUUUCGAACGCCAAGCCAAGGCUGAGAAGCCAUUCUUCUCCACACCCAUCGAGACUGACAAGGUCGCAUGGUCGGUUUGGUUAACUCCAGAAGCAUUGUGGGCUAGAUUCAACACCCUUAGCUGGAAUGCCAUCCGGCAAGGAGAGGAGCGUCGUCUGUUUAGAGAGAAAUUCAACAAGAUUGUCAACGAAGGUGACGGAAAGCUUAACGAAAAGGGUGAGAUCGAGGUUCAUGGAUGCACUUUCUUCGUUUGGGUUUCACGUUUGGAGGGUCCUGAUAGUCCUUGA